UUGUACCAAUCAGAUUUUACAACUGUUUACAAUUUAUUGUAAAAGUCCUCAUAGAAACUGUCAAAAAUUCAAUAUUUGAAUAGUUUUAAUUUUCUUUUUUUCUCGUCUAAAAUAGAUUUUAAUAAACACAACAAAACAUUCGAGCCGGACUUAUAAAGUGCGGAUAUGUGUUAUGUAAACUUGUGACGUUUGAAAAAUAUAAUUUCGGAUCUAUUUAGUGAAUAAAAUGGGAAUUAAUGAAUAUAGUAUGAAUUUUUACUUGUAUUUAUAUUGUAUGGUUCUGGGCACGAGUUCCUUCACUCUAAAUGAUUUCGACCUCCCGGGAAUUUUCUCAUCAGAUAUUUGCUCCAACAGUUCUUUGAGUAAAAAAUUAUCGCCUCUAUGCCAGUGCAGAGAUCAAACAGAGAUAUCAGAUAUAAGUUCGUUAUGCAAGUCACAUGUAGAGUUCGGGGAUUGUGUUGCGGCCAAUCUAAAAGAGAUCAAACGCAAUGACAUAUUUUUGAAGCACGUUUUUAGCCAUAAAAAGUUCGAUCACAAUAUCGCCCAUCUGUGUCGGAUACAAAGUGAUGCGGCGGAAAUUGCUCAGUGUACAACACCAAGUGUUCCUAAGAAUUGUAACUCAGCUUUUGAACAUUUUCUUAUCGGAACAGAGUCCUUCAACGAGUCGAGAUCAUGCAGCAUUGUUCACGAUACAUUGAGGGAAUGCUACUGGGGAAUUUAUAAGAGCAGCUGCCCACCAACCGUUCGAUAUUUCUGGUCAAAGUUGUCGGAGUCAUUUCUAUCUAUGAAGUGUUCAAAGUACGGACAGUCUAAAACGGAUCGGUGUAUGAAAAUUCGGAACGCUUUCUAUCCGAAUUCAAAGAAACGUAAAUACCAAACAAAAGACGAAUGUCACGAAUCUGUUAAGACUAUGCGACAAUGUUUUCAAAUGGAGAGACUGGAUUCAUUACACCACGAUGAUAUUUGGCACAAUAUGGAAUUCGAACUUGACAAAUUUAUGAUCUAUGAACGAUUUAGAUGCGAUUUUCAAAAAGAAAAAGAUAAAAGCCAUCAUUGUGAGCAUCCCCACAGGAAAAAACUCGAGCAUUGUAUAAACAAUAUCUACGGGAGAGGUUUUGAAAAACAGACACAAUUGUUACAUAAGGGGGGCAAUGUGACAAUUAAUGAAAUCUGCAGGUUAUACGAAGAUACAACUCAUUGUAUUGAGAACGUAUUGAAGGACUGCGUCCUCAACGGAGCUCAUCUGAAUGCCAUAUUUUGCGGUUCGAUGCCUGCGUCCUGCCAUUGUCCAGUAAACGUUGCAAAUUACAUCAGUGCAAGAACGUCUGCUUCAAGUAAACUCGCACCCGCCACCUGGAUAAUGUUGCUAGUUACGUGUACUGUUACAAGAUACUUGAAAGUAUUUCGUCUAAAAUAAUUGCAUGUCUCCAGAUUCUUAACUCUCUCUUUAAACUUUUGUAUAAGGAAGUUUAUUCACGGAAGUGUAACAUGACGUAGUUAUUGUACGAUCUUAUGUGAUACACCAACAUACCUUAAACCACAAGAUCCUGACUGUUUGAGUGUAAAUAUAAAAGUAUUGAGCAAGGUUUAGACGUACUUGAGUUCAGUGACACAUUUGUACACACUUAUUUCCACUGUUUUAUAUGAACACCUUUUAGGAAAACAGGGCCGACAAUCAAUGAAUGAUCAAGGGCAAGCAUUUGGUUUCUAUUUGCCUCCCUUAGUUAUAUAUUUGAAUAUUAUAUUACUGUACAUUUUAGAAUAAAAUGAAGUAAUUUUU